UCCCCCGUGCAGCUGUGACUGCAGAGGAUGAGCUCAGCUGACUUUCUGUCUGUUAUUAUGUCCGCGAUCCGCCAACACCCAGACUCGUCUCUGCAGACCACCAGCUCAUUUAAUGACCGCGUGCACAGGAGGAACAUGAGUCACCUGUGAGCUCUGCAGGAUGUCUUUUAAGAAGGACACACCCCUGUCUAAUGCUGUGUUUUGGGCAGCAAGGAAGGGGAACCUGGCACUCCUGCAGCUGCUGCUGAACAGCGGCCGAGUGGACGCAGACUGCAGAGACAGUUAUGGGACCACAGCGCUGAUGGUGGCGUCUUAUAGCGGCCAUUAUGAUUGUGCCAAAGAACUGAUAAUGCAAGGAGCUGACAUCAACUAUCAGAGAGAGACAGGUUCCACGGCUCUGUUUUUCGCCUCACAGCAGGGACACCAAGACAUCACAAAGCUCCUGUUUGAGUUCGGAGCCUCCACAGAGUUUCAGACAAAGGACGGCGGCACGGCUCUCACCGUCGCCUCUCAGUACGGACACUCCAAGGUGGUGGACAACCUGCUGAAGAACGGAGCCAAUGUUCAUGACCAGCUCAAUGAUGGUGCCACCUCUCUGUUUCUCGCUGCCCAGGAGGGUCACAUAACUGUGAUUCGUCAGCUGCUUUCAUCCGGUGCCAAGGUUAACCAGGCCAGAGAGGACGGCACUGCCCCCCUGUGGAUGGCGGCUCAGAUGGGUCAAAGUGAGGCGGUGAAGGUGCUUCUCUUACGUGGAGCAGAUCGAGACGCUGACAGACAAGAUGGAUCCACGGCGUUAUUCAAAGCAGCUUUAAAGGGACACAGCGGCGUCAUCGAGGAGCUCCUCAAGUUUUCUCCUUCUCUCGGCCUUCUAAAGAACGGAUCCACCGCCCUUCAUGCUGCUGUUGUGGGAGGAAAUCUACGAUCUGUUCUGCUGCUGCUGGGAGCAAAUGCAGACCCAAAGCUGCCAAACAAGAAUAAUGAACUCCCUGCAGAUCUUACAAAAAACGACCGCAUCCUGAAACUUUUACAACCAAAAAUGUUGAACGUUGACAGUUGAUGACCGCUGUGAGCCUGCUCUUCACGCCUGCCUGUAGCACACUGAUGAGGGAGAAGAAAACAACGACAAAUCUACAACACGUACUGUACGUGGUGCCUGUUAAUUCAAAUAAAUCUGUAAAAUGUUGAAUAAAUGGACUAAAUCCAGAGCAACACAAUGUGAAAUGAAUUCCUUCUUCCCUGUGCGUCUUCACCCUCCACGAUAAAUGCCUUAUUUCUACCCUGGGUGUUGUCAAAUAUUACAGAUAUUUUGCAAACUUUUUCUUUGUCUUCCUUUUGAAUAGAUGUACAGUAAGUGUAAAUGAAUAAAGUCUAAAUAUUCAACCAAUAA